AGUAUAUAAGAACCCGGAGUGAGCUUCAACAGCAUCAAACCACAAAUUGCAAUCGCUUCAGUAGCAUCAGAAACCAGCAAACAAUCAAUCCAAGCAAAAUGUUCAAGCUGUUGGUCGUUGUCUUCGCCGCCCUCUUUGCUUUUGCCCUGGCCGUGCCUGCUCCUGCACCACUGCCACGCGCCGCACCAGCACCCAUUCCCGUUGCCAGCCCGGAGCCCGCACCCCAGUUCUACUACGGCGCCAGCCCCUACGCCUAUUCCGGCGGCUAUUAUGCUGCCUCUCCCUACUCGUACUAUGGCUAAGUGCUGUGGCUUAACCCGUGAAUUGGAUGGCUAACAAACACCCGCACAAAUGGACGUAUAAAUGGACAUGAUAAUGGACUUUGGAAUUUGAGCUAAUUAAGUUUUUCUCUAUGUAUAGUCAUAAAAGCUUCUUUAACAAGCGCACAAAAAAAAAUGAUGAACAAAUAAAAAUGUUGCAAAAGUAA